AUGAGUCGCGACAAGGAGGAUAGGGCAGGUAGCCUCAGCCGCCAGGGUUCAACGGCCUCAUCGCCCGACAGUUCCGAACCCAGGGCCGCUAAUCGGUCCAAAGCAAACAUUCGAGUUUCCCUAGCAUGCGUCCAGUGUCGCAGCAAGCACGUUAAAUGUGAUGCCACCUUACCAGCCUGUAAUCGCUGUCAGCAAGAGGACAAACCAUGUUUCUAUGCAAAAUCCAGACGAGGCAUUCGUGACCCCAAAAAACGAAGUUUAAUAUCAGACAAACCGCCAGCAACCUCAUCCGGAUCCUUCUUUUCAGCCUCCAAUUAUUCUCCGACGGCCCCGUCCGUCCAAACCCUUCAUGACUUACCCGGUGGUUGGACCGUUAGCUCCGGCGCGCAAACCCCCGUUUCACCUCAGAAUGAGAAGGAAUUGUUGCUCGAUCUGUUCUAUAGUUAUUUUCACCCGAGCUACCCUUGCCUUCCGCCAAAAAGAUUUUUCUUUAAUCAAGUUGAGACAGAUCCAGACUCUUAUCACUUUCUCCUUUCCGUCCUCAACUACUGCGGGUCGCUGUAUACAAAUCAAGUCUCAUCGGAUGACUUAAGAGAGACGGCCUUUUCUGGGGCGUGCGGAUCGUUGCCAUUCACCGUACAGUCAGUUCAGGGCCUUCUCCUUUUGAGCAUUGCUGCCUUUGGAGAGAUGAAGUUCGAUCAUCACACUGGUUGGGCUAGUAGGGCGGUCAAUAUAGCUGUUGAUAUCGGGAUGAAUCGAAAGGCGUUUGCUGAUGGAACAUCGGAUUCCUUGCUUGCGGAGAGUUACCGACGAACAUGGUGGUGCUUAACCUUCCAAGAUUUCACACGAACCUUGCCUGGUGUAGGAGCCACGCUCCCCAUCGCCAGCGUGGAGUCCGAUGUAGAUUUGCCUUGUGAAGAAUGGGAAUACGAAUCAGGGAUUAUCCCUCAACCGAUCUCCCAAUCUCAGUACCAGACGCAAGUCAACUUGGGGCAAUCCGAUUUUUCCUCGAUGGCGUACCUGAUUGAAAUUUCUAAGAUCGAAACGGAUUUGGUCUCACCGUAUCUCGAGGCUGCGGAUGAUAAGAAAACGGAGUUGUUCGAACGAGCUGACGCUCGAAUCUGUGAUUGGCUACGACGUGUUCCGAAAUGGAAGAUGAAUUUAGUUGAUCCCGACGGUGUGGUUGAUGUGAUACUUUAUCAUGGUGUUGCCAUGGCGCACGUUAAUCGGCUUCGACUUAGACAGACCGCCCCUCGGAAUGGCCUCAACAUACGAGAAUACUUCCCUCUGGGGCCAGCCAAAGGGCCUGAUCGGAAGGGGCAAAUAGUCAAAGGCUUUGGAUGGAACUCUCACCCUAUUGACAUUCAAGCAGCCAAUAACUACUGCGAUCUAUUUCGGCAUCCGUUUCCCACAAGAAGUCUUCGAGCAAUCUUCGCGACCGGCAUGCUUCGAGUAGCUUUAGCUUACCUAGAUGCAUGCGUAUUUCUUGGAUUAGACUCGCCAGUCUUUCGGGAGCGAAUCAAUAGGAUCACGCAGAUUCUAACAGCCCACGGGGAGACCUGGCCCCUUUCCCGAAAGGUCGCAGAAGAUAUAAAGAUAGUCGCGAAGGAAUAUCUGACGCCGCGAAUAAGUCAAAGCUGGAAGCCGGGUAUCACAGAGUCCGAGGCUUGGGCGGCGGUCUCUAGCACUCUCUUGAACCAAACACCGAGUUUAGGCUCCAAUUUCGGCUUUGAACCUUAUCAACAGGUCUAUCAAGUCGAGGGGUGGGCUAUGAAUGAUGGCUGGCCCGCCAAUCUCACUGAUAUAUACCAACCAUGAAAGAAAGCGCCUGCUCUUGGACCAAGUAUAUAUAUAUAUAUAUAUAUAUCGAUGAUUGUGAUGUUUCUCUUUUUCACUGCAUGAUACCGGAGCACAGGAAUUUCACUGGUGGUGGAAUCAUGAGGAACAAAGGGGUCACGGCAAGAGAUUAGGCUCAGUCUAAUCUAGGCGUUCUAUGAUGGGCUGAAACUUCAACUUCCAGAUAUCCCAAGUCCCACGGAUAACAAAGAGGAGGGGGGGGGGGGAAAUCAAUGCAUAGGGCCCCCCUAAACCGGUAUCAGGAGACAUUUACGAAUUUUUAGUAUUAUACCAACCUUGAAAUCACCACAUAAUGCCUACCGAUAAGUGUAGGUAGGUAGUAUUUAUUGAUUAAAUACCUAGGUACUUAUAUGAUAUCCCACCUUACUUUAACUCUUUAGGAGUAAUCCACUUCAACAGUUUCUAUAUAAAUGCUACAUGUAGUCCAUUCCGACAGUUAAAUGGAUUCUUUUUUUAUUGAGAUGCAAAUAAUAGCAGGGUUGCUGUUCUACCAAACAUCAUGCUUUACAUUAUGCUUUAUUGAGAUACAGAAUUACAU